ACCGGCACUUCUGGGGAAGGUAUAAAUGCCACCUCCCGCUGGCUGAGCUUCACGGCACUCGCAGGGGCUGGUGUCACUGGUCAUUCCUGCACGGGACAGUCCACCAUGGCCUCAGACCACCAGACCCAGGCGGGCAAGCCACAGUCCCUCAACCCCAAGAUCAUCAUCUUUGAGCAGGAAAACUUUCAAGGCCACUCGCAUGAGCUCAAUGGGCCCUGCCCCAACCUGAAGGAAACUGGCGUGGAGAAGGCAGGCUCUGUCCUAGUGCAGGCUGGACCCUGGGUGGGCUAUGAACAGGCCAACUGCAAGGGCGAGCAGUUUGUGUUUGAGAAGGGUGAGUACCCCCGCUGGGACUCAUGGACCAGCAGCCGGAGGACGGACUCCCUCAGCUCCCUGAGGCCCAUCAAAGUGGACAGCCAAGAGCACAAGAUCAUCCUCUAUGAAAACCCCAACUUCACCGGGAAGAAGAUGGAAAUCAUAGAUGACGAUGUACCCAGCUUCCACGCCCAUGGCUACCAGGAGAAGGUGUCAUCUGUGCGGGUGCAGAGUGGCACGUGGGUUGGCUACCAGUACCCUGGCUACCGCGGGCUGCAGUACCUGCUGGAGAAGGGAGACUACAAGGACAGCAGCGACUUUGGGGCCCCUCACCCCCAGGUGCAGUCCGUGCGCCGUAUCCGCGACAUGCAGUGGCACCAACGUGGCGCCUUCCACCCCUCCAACUAGUGCCCUCCCCACCAUGCCUCCUUGCCAGGACCCAGGUCUGCUGCCCAGGAACCCUCCAGACCUCCCAGAGAGUGAAUAAAGUGUGACUUGCAACUUG